GCCUUAUCUGAGUCGAGUCGAGAAGAAAGGUGCAAGCAACAACCUGUCAAAGCAAGCAGUAACAACACCAUGUCAGACGAACAGGGAGCCGACUUCACCAAGCGCAAGCUCUGGGGCGGCCGCUUCACGGGCACCACGGACCCCAUCAUGCAUGCCUUCAACGAGUCGCUGUCCUACGACCAGCGCAUGUGGGCCCAGGACAUCCGCGGCUCCCAGGCAUAUGCGCGUGCCCUCGUCGGCUGCAACAUCCUCACGCCCGACGAGCGCGACACCAUCAUCAAGGGGCUCGACCAGGUCGGCGCAGAGUGGAAGGCGGGCAAGUUCCAGGCCGAGGCCGACGACGAAGACAUCCACACGGCCAACGAGCGCCGGCUCAAGGAGCUCAUCGGCCCCGUCGCAGGCAAGCUCCACACGGGCCGGAGCCGAAACGACCAGGUGGCGACCGACAUGCGCCUCUGGCUCCUCGACGAGGCCGAGGCGCUGCAGACGCUCCUCGGCGAGCUGCUCCACGUCCUCGUUGCACGCGCACGGGCCGAGGUCGACGCGCUGAUGCCCGGCUACACGCACCUGCAGCGCGCCCAGCCGAUCCGCUGGAGCCACCUGCUCCUGUCCCACGCCUCGGCCCUGGCGUCCGACUAUGCGCGGAUCCGCGACCUGCGCCCGCGCAUCUCCGUCCUGCCCCUCGGCAGCGGACCUCUGGCAGGCAACCCGUUUGCAGGCCUGGACCGUGCCGCCAUCGCGCGCGACUUGGGCUUCGCCACCGUGGGCACCAACAGCAUGCACUCGGUCAGCGACCGCGACUUUGUCGUCGAGACGCUCAUGUGGGCCAGCUUGACCAUGAUCCACAUCUCCAAGAUGGCCGAGGACCUCAUCAUCUACUCGUCGGCCGAGUUUGGCUUUGUCCAGCUCAGCGACGCAUACAGCACCGGCUCGUCGAUUAUGCCCCAGAAGAAGAACCCAGACAGCCUGGAGCUGCUGCGCGGCAAGUCGGGCCGUGUCUUUGGCCAGAUGUCGGGCUUCAUGAUGACACUCAAGGGCAUCCCCUCGACGUACAACAAGGACCUGCAGGAGGACAAGGAGCCCCUCUUUGACGCAGUCGACACGGUGCGACGCAGCCUCCAGAUUGCCACGGGCGUCAUCAGCACAAUGAGUACCUUCCCAGAGAGGAUGCGCAGCGCAUUGACGCCCGACAUGCUCGCGACGGACCUGGCCGAGUACCUCGUGCGAAAGGGCAUUCCCUUCCGGGAGACGCACCACGUCAGCGGCUCGGCCGUGCGGCUGUCCGAGGAGCGCAAGUGCAGCCUGUCGGACCUCACGGUCAAGGACCUCCAGUCGCUGCACCCGGCCUUUGAGGACGACGUGCUCAAGGUCUGGUCCUUUGACGAGAGCGUCGAACGGAGGGAUGCGACGGGUGGGACGUCGAAGCGGGCCGUGCUGGAGCAGUGCGACCGCCUCGAGGCCAGUCUUGCCAAGUGAUGUACAUAUUCAAUCCAAGAGUCAUGCUAGAUCGUUGAAAUCAUGCCAAAUAGAUACAGACGUGCUU